UAAAGUGAGGGGGAGGGGAGAGUCCCAUUUCCCCAAGUACUACGCGAGAGAGAGAGAGAGAGGCGUGGUGGGAGGAGGAGCAGAGCCGGCCAGCAGCUGCAGCCCAGCACACUACGAGAGAGAGGAGAGAGGGAGAGGGGAAGGGAGGGGGCAGCAGGGGCUGCAGCAGAGGCCAGAAGCAUUAGAAGCGGCAGUGGUAACCAAGUGGCAUCAGUAGAUAGAGCCAGCCAUCUAUCCAUCCAUCUAUCUAGCUCUACAGGUAUAAAUCCUCACGCAUCGGUAGGAGGGCGAGAAGGUGGGGAGGAGGGGACGGGCAGCGGCCGCCACCAGGCUAACUACCUAGUGUGGGGGAGGACCGGCGGUGGGGGAUUUCUCGGGGGCGGAGUGGCCGGGAGGACCUGAUUGGGGGGCUUCCGGGGGCGAUCUCUGAGCGCAGAUUUGGUGCCUGCGAUCUGCCAUGGAUUCGGUUUAGGUUUGGGGAGAUCGGCCGGGUUCUCGCCGCGAGAUUCGAUUUUUGCGCCUGUUUUAUUCGCGAGAUCGCAGCAACGAGUCUCGAUUGCUAAGCAAGCUAAGAUUUCCUUUUUCUAGAUCAAUCGUAAAAGAAGAGGAGCAAAUAAAGCAGCAAGAGGAAGAAUUUCGGGGGUGAGCAAGGGAGAAGGCAUAAUGCUGGAAGGGAAGUCCUACCUCGUGUCGCGCUCCGUGCCGAGCUCCUGCGAGGCGGAGACGGAGUGGGCGUACCUAGCGAACGAGGUCCUCAGCGGCAAGCGCCCGGCGCCGGAAGAUGUCGGGGUCGAAGGCCUCGACGAAGCUGACGGCGGCGGCAAGCGCAGCAAGCCGCCGUCUCCGCAGCCGCACACGCCGGACAUCACCGAGGGCCACGGCUCCAGCCGCCAUGCCUCCGGUGGCAAAGAGCAGCAGGCCACUGGGAGCAACCCCAUUCAUUCUAUCGGCCGUGACCUGACCAUCAAUUGCCUCCUCCGGCUAUCCCGGUCGGACUACGGCUCGGUGGCCUCCCUCAGCCGCGACUUCCGCUCCCUGGUGCGUAGCGGGGAGAUCUACCGCCUGCGGCGCCAGAAUGGGGUGGCGGAGCAUUGGGUCUACUUCUCUUGCAAUGUUCUUGAGUGGGAUGCAUAUGACCCAUAUCGAGACCGCUGGAUCCGGGUGCCCAAGAUGCCGCCGGAUGAAUGCUUCAUGUGCUCUGACAAGGAAUCACUUGCAGUUGGCACUGAACUGCUUGUGUUUGGGAUGGCGCGCAUUGUGUUCAGAUACAGCAUCCUAACCAAUUCAUGGUCCAGGGCUGAUGCAAUGAACUAUCCCCGCUGCCUGUUUGGGUCAACGAGUGUUGGGGAGAAAGCCUUCGUUGCUGGAGGCACUGAUUCUUUGGGCACCAUACUGAGCUCUGCAGAGAUGUAUGACUCUGAGAAUCAUACCUGGACACUCCUCCCCAGCAUGAAUAGGGCAAGGAAGAUGUGUUCUGGGGUUUUCAUGGAUGGCAAGUUCUAUGUGAUAGGUGGUGUGGCCAACAACAACAAAGUGCUGACUUGUGGGGAGGAGUAUGACCUGAAGAGGUGUUCUUGGAGGAUCAUCGAGAACAUGUCUGAAGGCCUCAAAGGAGUGACUGGCGCUCCUCCCCUUAUUGCAGUUGUCAACAAUGAGCUGUAUGCUGCUGACUACAGUGAGAAGGAUCUCAAGAAGUAUGACAAGAAGAACAAUAAGUGGAUCACUCUUGGAAAACUUCCUGAACGGUCUGUGUCAAUGAAUGGGUGGGGGCUUGCUUUCCGAGCAUGUGGCGACCGGUUGAUUGUCAUCGGAGGCCCAAGGACCUAUACUGGUGGUACUAUUGAGCUCAACUCAUGGAUCCCAAAUGAUCGGCCGCCUGUGUGGAAUUUGAUUGCCAGACGGCCUUCUGGGAACUUCGUGUAUAACUGCGCCGUGAUGAGUUGCUGAGUCCACUGAAUAAAAGAUAAGUGCAGUGGAUAUUUAUGAAGGAUGGUAUGCACAGAGGCAGCCUAUCCAAUUGCUUCAGCCCUUAUUCUUCGUAGCGAUUUCUGCCUUCUGCCCAGUUUCGCAAUUAACUGGACAUCAGCUGAUUGUCAGCAGUCUCAUGUAACCCUUGAGUUCUAAUACUUCUGUUUCCCUGCUAAUCCAUUUCUACAUUUGCAUUUGGAUCAACUGCUCGUGAUUUCAAAGAUACGAGACUAUGCAAAAAAAUGUCAUAUUAAUAAUCUAGAAAAAACUUCCAGAGGGUUGUUUUAUCUAUUGAUGAGGAACCUGUUAAGAAAUACUGGAUUCGCCUGUAGCUGCAACAAAUGCUAAUUCAUUUUCAUCCAUCUCGCCUGUUUCAUAAUGUGCA